CUGCAAUCGCAGUUUCUGUUAUUGCUGUUAAUGGUGUUCGUGGUAUAAAAGCAUUCAACUCAUUGAUUUUCUUUUGAGUUCGUUGUUUCACAGAGUCUUGUGCAAGUGUUAUUAACUUUUCCACAUUUAUAUAGAAAUUUUAUACAUUUGUUUCGCUGUCUUUCUUUCAAGACUUUUUCGCAAAAUAAGUAACAAACAAAAAAAAAAAAAAAAAGAAAAAAGACAACAAAAACAAAAAGAUUAAAGCAACAGAUUGGUUUAACAACGUUCUACAUAUAAACAUUUUGAAAUUGUAACGACAUUUUGAUUUUGUUUAAUAGUGAAAGUGCGACCCUCAGCUAAGGGAGUCAUAACGUAAACAAAUUUAUUUGAAUUAUUGCGACACACAUAUAUAGAACACUAAUAAUGUAUAAAUUGUUUGUGAUAUCAUGUCUAACGCUAAUGCUGCACGGUGCACAUGCCCAACAUCACGACUACACGACACCUGUACCGAUUCUUAAACAAAUCGAUAGGCAAAAUUCAGACGGUUCGUAUACGUACGGAUACGAAGCGGCCGAUAAGAGUUUUAAAAUCGAAACGAAAUAUCCCAAUGGGGAGGUAUUUGGUAAAUACGGUUAUGUCGAUGAUCAGGGCAGUGUAAGAGAAAUUGAAUAUGGAGCCAGCAGACGAGGUUUCGAGCCGGCGGGCAGCGAUAUAAACGUACCGCCACCCACAUUGCAGUCGAGCAAUCCUUAUCCUCUGAAUCCUAACGAAGAGGAUGAUGGACAAUACAGAGAGGAUCCUGCGGUUUAUUUUAAAAAUCAAAAAUAUAACCGUCCUAUAGCUGCCAGUAAAUUUAGUCUCAAUAAUAAUAAUAAUUAUCAAAAUAAUUAUCAACAGCCGAGACCACAACCGGCUUACAAUCCGCCACAACACGCACCCGCACCCGCUUAUAGACAGCCGGCAGCGCCACAGUAUUAUAAUCCUCCAUCGCCACCUCAACCCCAGCCUCAACCUCGUCCAUAUUAUCAGCAGCAACAUUACCAUCAACCAGCACCACCACAACCGCAAUACAAUCCUUACAAUCCAAACAGCCAACCCCAACAUUUUCAUCCCGCUGUUAAGCACCUUGACAUUUGGAGUGGCUCUUACAGCUUGGACUAUACGGGUAGAAAGUAGGCUUUCGAAAAAGUACGUGUUGUUGUUGUUACAUGAGUUAGAGUAAGGAUAAGGGCGAGAAGAGAGUUUUAAAACAGAGGAGGAGAGCAAAUUGCUCUCUUUUUCAUUUGACCUAAUUUAUGAGAUGAAAAGUGAAAGAAAGCUUUUUCGAUUCUUUUUUUUUUUUUGUAACAGUCAUAAUAGUCAAUAAAAUGUUAAGAUAACUGUUUUGU